UUUGAAGAGCCAGGAGACAAGAUGGCAGCCUGCAUGGGGAAAGUAGCAGCAGGGCAAUGUCUCUGAACCAUCCCUAGAAACAUGAGAUGGGUACAUUUAAAAAGUAGGUCUUCAAAAUACCCCGUGGACAUUGAUGUUGACUGCAUUAGAAGAAGAAAGAAAAAAGAAAUUGCACGGCUUCUUACCAGAUUGCAAACUACAGCACACACGGUACGGACUUUAUCAGUGUCACGCUCCUUAACUCAAAAAGUUCCAUGCUCUUUGUGGAAAUUGGGGCGACUCAAUCAUGUAGCAAUUGCGGUACCUGAUUUGGAAAAGGCCCAGUCUUUUUACAAGAGUGUUUUAGGAGCCCAGGUUGAUGAUAUAAAAGCGGCUAUGGCAGAACUGAAGGAAAAGAAGAUCCGAAUAUUGAGCGAAGAGCCCAAAAUAGGGGCGCACGGCAAACCAGUGAUUUUUCUCCACCCUAAAGAUUGUGAUGGAGUCCUUGUAGAACUUGAGCAAGCCUGAGCUGUAAUCCUAAAAAAUGAAAUUAUGAACUAAUUGCAAACCCAAUGAGACGGUGUUGGAAUUUGUAUUAUGCCUUGCACUGUGUAAAAGUCAUUGUACUUAAUUCUUUCUUGUUGAUUAAACGCAUUACAGCUCUUAAGUUGUGAAAUGUGGAGAAAUAACACUACAUACAGGAGGAAGCUAAAGCACUGUUAACCCUCCUAGUCAUCUGGGGCUAUGACUUUUUUGUUUUGUUCAGACCUUCAAAAAUAAUACAUUUAAAUGUAUUUGGAUUCCAUUAGACUUUGAAUUUAAAUAGUAACAUGAGCUGAGGUACAUAUACAAUAUAAAGUCUUUUUUUUUUGUUAUACAGUUUGUGGCAUAAUUUUAAUAUAUAGAUUUCUAGGUUACCCUAUAUCAUUUUGCUCUGUAUUACCCACUUCUAGAUAACAAGAAGAUGGCUCAGAUAUUGCUGUAAGAAAGAAGUCUACAAGAGAACAUUGUAUUUUCUGUCUCCAUCAUUAUAAGCAUUAUCUGAGCUCCAUAUUGAUUGGUUCAUUCAGUUAUAGGAUCCUUGUGUUAUUGUUUGGUUGUCUGCAAUUGCUAAGCAACUGUUCUCUACCAUAACAAUUGCUGCCAAGAAAACUGUUGUGUCUAAAUCACCAUUUUGUAGCUUUAUGUAUUACAUAUAUAUGAAAAAAAAAUCAAGAUUUAUAGGGGCAUAAUUGGUUUAUUUUAAAUAUACUGUGAUUACCAAAUGCUUAUUUUGUUUUAGUUUUGUCAGCAGAUAUAUCUUUGAUUUUUAAAUUUUAGCUCAUACUGAUUUAUUCUGUUUUCUUCCUGAUUGAUCUUGAGUGGCUGAACUGAAACCUGACUAUUAGGAAAAUAUCUGGGACAUACCAAAAAAAGGCUAAUGACUAAUAUUUUAAUUUAUAUUUUGUUUUCCUUUACAAAAACAUUUUCAGGUGAUAUCUUAUUAAAAUGUGUAUGAAUUUUUAUUUUACCAAGAGAUAAAUAAAGCCAUCUAGGUCCUGGUGCUGCAAAUACUAACUUUACAUCUCGGAGUAGUCCUGCUGAAGUCAGUGAGACUACUCAUGUUUGAGUGUUUGCUAGAUUGGGACCAUAGUUUAUAAGGGGCCAAAUCCUGUUCACUUUAUUCAUGAGAAGGCUCUUCAUCACUUUAAUAAAGCUAAUCACAUGAGUAACGUGAACACCAUUUGGCCCAAUCUCUUUUUUUACAUUUUGGGGGGGGGGGCAUCUACAGCAGAAAUAGAAAUUGCAUAUUUGAAGGCCACAUCCUUAAAUGUUAAAUAAAUAAUAAGCUCUUUAAAGGAUUUAUAAAUAAUUAGAUUAUUCUAUAUUUUAUAGGAUAAAGCAUAUUUCUGAAUUUCACUCUUAGAGUUUUGGAUACAAUUAGAGGACGUGUUUCCUCCUUUUAGGAACAGGUUACUUUUUUUAUCCAGUUUUAAUCCAUAAUAAUUGGGCACUAGUGUAGAAGUUAAAUAAUUUGUGCUUUAUUUCCUGUUUGCUACAAUAAAAACAGAUAUAUGAUGGUCACCUAAGUCAGAUUUAAUCACGACUUUGAAGAUCCUGAAAGCUUGUGUGGUGGUCUUCUGACUUAUUGGGCCUGAUUCUGUUCUCACUUACCAUAAUGUAAAUGAGGAGUAAUGUUAAUGGAAUAAAUGGAAUGACAGUGGUGUAAAAUAGGUGAGAGAGAGAAGAAUCAGGUCAUCCUCUUCUCAUUUGCAGCCUUCAGUGUUUUGCUUUUGGUACUCUUUUCUGAUGCUCCCCCAUGUGUCUAGAUGAUCUCAUAAUUGUGGGAUGUUGUUCAUACCAGAGAAGUAUGAGACUUCCGCUAUCAAUGAUGGCAUUUGAGGAACAAGAGGCUUUUUUUUUCCCCUUUCAGAAUGGAUCAAGAAUUAAAAUGUCAAGAUUACAGGGGUUUUUUUGUUGGCUAAAAUUAUUGGUUACUUGUCUUUGAACCUGAGACUGUUGGGUUGGGCUACUAUCACAAUAACUGGAGUAGAAGGACUACCAGGUUAAAAUUCCUUUCUUCCCCCUUUGUCCUAUCUAAAGUUAUAUGCCCUAUGUUGAUUGAGGACUAGCAUGACUUGGUCCAGGAACUCCCCACUUAACGUCCUCUCGCUUAACGUUGUUUCGCUCUUACAUCCCUGCUCAAUUACAGAACAUGCUCCAUUUAAAGUUGUGCAAUACUUCACUGUAAUGUCAUUUGGCUCCCUAUCAGCUCCCCUAUGCUCCCCACCCAGCACCUCUUGCCUGCAGAUCAGCGCCUUCCCCCUCCUCCUCCUGCACGUGGCAAUCAGCUGGCUUGAGGCGUUCAGGAAGGAGCGGGAGGGGUGAGGCUUGGCACGCAGGCUCCCCCUCUCUCCUGAACGCUGCAAACCAGCUGAUUGCCAUGGGCAGGAGAGGGAGGGGGGGGAAAGAAGAGGUGGGUUAAGGGUGGGGGCUUGGAGAAAGGGGUGGAGUGGGCAGGCUGAGGGUUGAGCCCCCACCCCUCAUGCUUGCAGAGUAGGGGAAGCUGCUGCUGGUGCUGCUGCACAAUGUGCUUCUCCUAGCCUACAGCACCUUCAGCCUCCUUGCUGCCUCAUUGUCUCCAGUGCCGGUGGGCUGUGCCUGUGUGGGAUAGGGCGCGGGUACCUCCCAACUACAGUACUGUAC